UACUAAACUUGUUAAGUAAACCUCCAGAUAAACAUGUUAGUAUUGAGUUGUUACAUUUGGUAGGUUCGGGUGAGUUUGAUAGUUUCCCAUGGGGCAAGGUUGUUUAUGAUACUACAUUGUACUAUUUGAGGCUUGGUUUGAAAGGUAAGAAGGGUGCUAAAUUGAAAGCACUUGCUAAGGCAAAAGGAAUUGAUAAGAAGGGGAGUGAUUCAAAUUGUAAAACUUACAAAUUGGCUGGGUUUCCUUUCAUCUUCCAAGUUUGGUUGUAUGAGGUUAUUCCUCUUUUUAGAAGUUAAAACAUUUGUACUUUUGACCCUUCUUCAACAUAUAGGGUGUGUAUGUGGUCCAGUGCGAAAGAAGUUACUUCAAGUGAGGUAGAGAGGAAAAUCUACUUGUCAUCUAAGCUUUCAGUUACUCCUGUGUUUCCUUCUGCUGAGGAGAAUGAGAAAUUUGAUCUUACUGGAUUUAAUUUUUCUUAUUUUUCAUUGUCUGAUGAUGAUUUUGAGAGUGUGAAAGUACCUAAGAGGCAGUUAGACAAGGGUGAGUUUUCAGGUGUUAAGGAAAAAGUUACUGUUGGGGGUCCUAUGUUUGAUGAUGUUAAACAUUAUGUGAUGCGUAUUAUCAAUAAGCAAUCUGAGAUUGGGAGUUCUUUGAAGGAGUUGAGGAAGGAUAUUGAUGAUAAGUUUGUUCAAUUUGAGAGUAAAAUGAAGGCUCACAUUGAUUCUAAAAUUGAAGAGGGUUUGGUUUUGUAUUUGGAUAAGAAGUUUUCAGAUUUAAAUGAUGUAUUGGAGGGCUUGAAAGAUUGUGUUACUAGUCAGGUAAAGUUCAUUUCCUUUAUUAUUAUUUUUUUAUUUUUUAAUUUUUGUGUGUUUUUAUUUUAAUGUUUUGUUAUUUAUUAAUAUUUGUUUUAGAGGUAUGAUGAUCAAAAUAGUGGUGAUGGGAGUGAUGAUAGUGGUGGUGCGGAAGAUGAUGGAAGUGACGGCGGUGAUGGCGGUGAUGGCGGUGAUGACUGUGAUGGUGGUGAUGGCAGUGAUGACAGUGGUGAUGGUGGUGAUGGGGACGAUGAUAAAUCUGAUUCUGGGAAACUUGAUGAUAUUGAUGUGGAAAAUGAGGUACUGAUAGAUUACUUUUUGAGUUUUUAUGUUGGUUUUUUAUUUUAUUUUAGUAUAUAAUAUAAUGUUUAGUUUCCAUUCUAAUAAUUUUUCAAUUUUUAUUUUGUUUGUAAUUUGUAUAAUUUUUUUCAUACGUGUUUGUCAUUGUAGGAUGAUGGUGAGGGUAAUGGUGCAGCUGUUGAUGAUUUGGGUGGUGUUAAAGAUGAUGGUGCUGAAGUUUAUAAGGUGUUUUUAUAUAUAUUUUUUUAAAAUGUAUUAUUAUUUGUGUUUUUAGGUUUUAUUAUAUAUUUGUAUCUUUUUGCUGUCUUUUUUCAGGAAAUAAGACAAAUAUCAGAUGCUAUUGUUAAUGAAGUUGCCGAUCAGGCUGGUGAUCAAGGUGCUGAGGAUUGCAUGGAUAAGGUUUUAUUUUUUAUUUAUUUUUGUUUUAUUAUGCUUUUGUAUUUUGUUUUGUUGAUUUAGUAACUAAUAUGCUGCUUUUUCAAGUUGGUAAUAAUCGUCCAAGUUUUGAUAUUAUGGGUUCCUUGUUGGCCCAGUCUGAAAAUGUUGAAGAUUUGUUGGAAGAUAAAAAAAUUGUUGGGGAUGACAAUGUUAUAGAAGCAUCUAAAAGGGAUAGUGAGAGCACUGACGAUGGUAUUACAUCUGCUGAGAUGUUAAUUAUAUCAGAGAAAGUGGAUGCUGUUUGUCAUGAUUAUGAGUUGAAGAAGAGUAUGGAAAAAUCCAAAGUUAUUGAUUUGGGUAGUGCUGGUACCCCAAGGGAUUUGCAAGGUGUUAUUAGAAUUGACUUUGGGGAUUCGUCCGGAAAAUCUGUUAAGAUUGGUGAAACAAAGUAUUUGAAAGGUCUACACCCUUUCAAUUCUGAGUUGCUUGAUCCACCGCAUUGUCUUCAACAAGAUUCAUUUGAUGAGUGGUUUCUUGAUGGCUUUAAUGACCAGAAUAAGAAGAAGAAGUUUGUUAGAGGAAAGAACAUGUUGGAUGCACCUUUGGAUUUCUCAAUUGAUUCUGUUAGUGAUAAAUGGUGGUUUUAUGAUCUAUUGACGCCUGGGAGAUGUUUGUCUGACUCUCAUUUGGAUGUUAUAUUUUACUACUUGAGAAAGAAACUGAAGUAUGAUCCUCGGGUUACUGUUUCUGCAACUACGACAGAUUUUAAUUUUUACAACAAGGUGGUUGAGUUGUAUGAAAACUUUGUGAAGUCUAAGAAAAAUAUUGAUUCUGUGCCUACGAGUAAUAUGGUAAUUGAGUAUAUGGAGGGGUAUUGUAUGUAUGCUAAUACUCGGUGGUUAUUUGUUGAUUAUGUUUUGAUAUAUGUUCAUGUCAAAGAUGAUCAACAUUGGGUUUUAGUUGUUUUUGAUAUAAAGAAUAGGUGUCUCAAUGUCUAUAAUUCAAUGUGGUCGAAAAGAGAUGGUGACAAGAUGACAGGAUUGUAUAUCUGGCCUCUUGUUGUUAUGUUGCCAAUAUGUUUGCAUUUGAUGGACUUCUAUAAUCGAAGGGAGGAUAUUGACCGGAGCAAAGGUUGGUUUAGAGGGAAGAAAGACAGUGAGAAGCUUGAUGUGUUUACUGUGACUAAUCUGCCUCAGCAAUUGGAUAAGUAAGUGUAUGUUUUUUUUUUGUUUUUAUGUUCUAGUUUGUAUAUUUUUAUUUAAUUUGUUUUUUUUUCUUUUUUGUUUGUUGCAGUGAUUGUGGGUUGUUUGUUGCUAAGUAUGCUGAGUUUUUUAUCCACGGUGCGAUUGAUUUACUUCCAAAUCCAUUAGAUGUGAAGUUCUUUAGAAACAAGCUUGAUGUGGAUCUGUAUGUUCAUGCUAAGAAGAAGGAGAUCAAUGGGUACGAGUCUGAAUCUGAGUUUCCUGGGAGGAUUGGAAGAAGUGGACAGAAAUGAAGGCUUAGGUUUAGAAGUGGACAGAUUGGAAAAUGCAUAGUAACUUUUUUGGAUUGUUUGUAAAUAGUUACAAUAUAGUAACUCUUUUGGAUAUUUUUAGUAUCUUUUUGUGUUUCUAAGACUAAGUACGAUUUGUUGUUAUUUUUUGCCUUAUACUGGAUAUAGGCAAAGUAUUAUGUUGGCUAUAUAUUUUGGAUUUUUAGUGUGAUAUUUUUGUUGAAGUUUAUAAUGUUUUGUUGUAUGUAUG